GAGUGGACAGAGGCAUCAGCCAGUAGGCGAAAGGCGUUCAUGGAGGUCCAGCUGGAGCACCUCGAAUCCUCCGUACCUGAGAAGCGAUGGGCAGCGCAAGGACGGCUCCUGUACCUCUUACAAGUAGGCUGCUUCGCGGAGACUACUUCACCCUCCGAGCAGCUAUUCUGGAUCAGAGAGAAUGCAGCGACGCUUCGCUCAGUCGACGGAGUGGCAAGUCUCGUAUUGGGUCUGCGAGAUGCCGCUAAGCGAUACAACGCCGCCAGUGACCUGCCAGAGAAAGUCGGCAGCACUUCCGGAUCCAGCAUGAACGCUGUGGACCCCUACGAUGAUCGGUCAGCGGAGUUCAUGGAUCUUCUGGCGAUGCUAUACUUUGUGAUCGGGGUUUGCAGGACGGACGAUACGUUUGGGGAUGAGCUUAUGGCGAUGUCACCACCAUUACCGCUCGUGCUAUUCCAGAUGAUCGCUGCGCUCAAAGACCGCCUGCCAAAGGGGUACCCGGUCAAGAAGGUAUUGCUUCUACUGUGGAAGACCCUGCUGGCGUGUCUCGGAGGAAUGAAGGAGGUCGCGAAAGCGCGAAAUCUGUCAAGAGAGUUGUCGGGGUUGCCUCCAAGCGAGAAGAACUUUACAAAAGCGUCGCCAAUGGACAUCACGUCCUUCCGCCGAGACACGUCAGUCAAGUACCCGACGUUCGCACCGCCCUCGUCUACUACUCUGCCGGUCUCCAACGAGAAGCUUGCGGACGGUAUUCGCCCCCUUCCCCCUCGAGCGAACUACCACACCACCGACCUGCCCCCGCUCAACAUUCCCCCUUCAUCCCAAUCCAUCCAAGCGGGCGGCGCGCCUCCCACCUCCAACCCUAUGCCAGGCACGCCCGCACCGACACCCCCAGCCUCCCCCGUUCCCCCUGCCAAGAAGCGGCAACAGUACCAAACGGACCAGACCAAGCCCUACAUCUUCCCCUACUCCCGCUCCGCGGCAUCCGCCAAUCCAUCCUACCUCGUCCCGUACGCUAUCGCCGAAGCGGACAACCUAUACAAUCGCCACUCGUACGUAUCAUUAGGGCUGUAUCAGCUCUGGGAAGCACGGGAAGACUGUCUCCGCGAGGAAAGGGGAUUGGGAGUUAGUGGAUUGAUUGGGUUCAGUAAGCUGGCGGUGGGUGAGGAAGAGAUUGAUGAAGCGGAGGAGGAGCAGAUGAGGCGAGAGUGGAUGUUUGAGGAAGAAGAGAUGGAGGCGGAGAGGAGGGGGGAUGAGGAUGGAGUGAGAAGAGCGAGGGAGAGGAAACAGGCGAGUAGGAGGUUGUACAGGGUGGAUAUCAUCUAUAAAAGCACGCUGCCGAUCAUGCAGUCUUGCGUGAUCGUCCUGCUCAAACUGCUGCUCGCUACGGUGACGGGACCGGGCGCUAUUCAGGCGACAGUUGCGAACGCAGCCAUGCCUCCAGGCGUCGCUUCGCCAGCCAACGAGUAUCCGCCGAACGAGAAUACCACCCCGCCCACCAGGGAAGAUAUAGACGUAGCGCGUCAUCGAGAAAUUACGAGUAAGGCCGUAUCGGCCAUUGUCGUGCUCAUGCUCAAAUGGUUCAAGGCGUCGCACGUUCUGAAGUUCCACUACCUCGCGCAAUUGCUGUUCGACUCGAAUUGUCUGUUACUGGUACUGAAGAUGUUUGGGCUAUCGGAUGUCGCUGUGGCUGUACAGACCAAGAACGAAUGGGAAGACUUCAACUUCUUCCGAUACUGCGAGCUCAACUGCUCCAAGAAUCACCCGCAACCCUCCACUCCCACUCCACCCAGCCGCUCCCGCCCACGCGAAAUCGAGGUCCUUUCGGAGUACUCGUGGCGCAACUUCUUCAGCACCAUCAACUUUAUCAAGAUUUUGCAGAAGAUGACGAAACAUCGGACGCAUCGGACGUUCAUGCUGCAUCAGUACAAGAGCUCGUCAAUCCUGAAGAGGAUGCUCAGGGUUCAACAGCCGAUGCUUCAGCUUCAAGUGCUAAAACUCAUCAAGUCGCAAAUGCCCUGGUGUGGACGGAAAUGGCGUACCACCCCGACCAACAUGAAGCUCAUUACUGCUAUCUACCUGAAUUGCCGGCCAGAACUGCGCGAUCCGUGGUUGGCAGGUCAGGAUCUGGACCUUGAGCCAGAGGACGCUAUGCCCCAAGAGACGGCCCUACGUACUCUAGUGCACUUCUACAAUCAGAAACACUAUCCCGCCGCUCCCUCCCAGUCGUACUUCGGCGCGGACGGCGGACACCGGCAUACAGAAUCCACAUCCGCGUUCCAGCUGGACGACCCGUCCAUCCCCGUCCAAGCGCACGCUCGACACCCCUCACUCUCCUCCAGCGAUUCGGACGUCUUCCCUCCUCGGCGUACCGACUCCGCAAGUCUUCCAUACAACCCCGACGGGAUGAUAGAUUUCUGGCUACACGAGUACGAGGACGUCCUCGGCGAGGUCUUUGGCGACGGAGAGGGACUCGGGGAUUGGGACGAUCUGGGGAUCCCACCCAACUCGCCUCGUCGGGCAUCGUACGGCUCCGCCUCGGGCGCAGGCUCCGGCUCGAGCUUUGGCUUUGCCGGCGACUCGUUCAACUCGCCGCCGUCCCCGCGCGGACACGCCCCGGGAUCGGGAGGCGACUUUGGCGGUGAAGUCCCCAUGCCGAAAGCGGCCGAGCGGGAUGAUCGUGCCUGGAACGCCCUUGGGGAGAUCAUGCGCGCGAGGACCGGACGGGAGGAGGAUGAGAUAUCCGACUCGGAGAGUGUAGUCAGUGUGGGCGAGCUGGGGGAGGGGGCGCGGAUGGAUGAUGGGCGGAGUGAGGGGGAGGAUGGGAGUGGGGUAGAGGAUGAAGGGGAGGCGCAGCGGCAGAGGCGGAGAAGUCAGAAUGAGAGUACUUGGGCGGCGAUGGCGGAAGAAACACUCAGUCUUAUGCCUCGUUCUCCAGCCGAACGGCGUCGAUCCUCUUCGUCUGGUUCUCACUCUUCCCCGCUGAGACCGAUCAUCCCCCCUUCGGGCCGGAUCGAGGACAUCAAUGUGUUUGACGAUGAUGACGAGGAGCAGGAAGAUAUGAGGGGGCCCAUGCCGCUCAUGCCUGGGAUCAAUGGCGAGGACGCGAGGGAGAGGGGGAGUAUGCCGGUAGAUGAGGUGGAGCUGGUUUAUGGCGAGUAA